AUCUUGCAUUACAAAAUAUCUUCAAACAUACAUAUACAGCACACAUCGCUGAUUGUGAAUGUAGCACGGAUGCAAACCAAAAUUAGCGUGUUAUCCUCUCGAAAAGUAGAUGUGACUACGUAGUUCUACGUCCACGAAAAAUGGAUGUGAUGGCGCUACGAAUCAGCACGGAUUUUCGGAAUUACUAGAUGGCCAGCUUACCCGCUUUUUCAGUCUUCUCUCUGGGUACGUUCUACUUCACGCAUGAUGCGCAUGGUGCAUCGUUCAUCCUUGUUAUUGGUCAAACGUUAAACAAGGAUGAAUAAUGUCUUAUGCGUGUUAUGCGUGAAACAGAACACACCCUUCUGUUUGGGCGUUUCUCCUCCAGAAUUCUAUUGGACAAAAUAAUGAUAGGGAAUUCACUUGUUAAACACAAACUAUGCUCGCUAUUUUCUCAGGUUUGUUUACGAUUUCUAGAAUCUCGAACUCUGAAGAGGUGGUUGUCAAAGAGACUAAUAACUGCAAGAGGAGAAAAAAGGAAAUUAUUUACACAUUUGUUUCUACACUUGUCAAAUAAUUUAGAUCGGAAAGAUUUUUCUUAACUUAAAAUGGAAAAAUCUGAAAUUAAUAAUGAGUUUAUUCUUCUGCGACACGCAGUUCGUCAGGCGAGAGUUUGUAUUGUGAACAAACUCAUCAAGGAGGCUAAACUCUUGCGGGAUAGACAUGGAAAUGAGGUGCAACUGGAGAAGAGUAGAAGAAAGGCCGACAGGCUGAUCGCCGAGGUUUACGCGCUGAAGACAAUUAAGGACGAUGACAUUUCAAAAUUUGGUAUCCUAGAUGAAAGAGAUCUGACUAAAAUAUUGCAAGAUCAGUCUUCAAGUAAUAGCGUUCGCAUAAUGGCGAGAGUCACGCAUUAUAAAACCUUGCAGAAAAGAUUAACACAGUUUAAAGAGAAAUUCCCAGAUUAUAAGAAGCAUUUCACAGAGAAAAAGAAAAAGAAGACUACAAAGUCAAAAGACAAUGCUGCAAAAACUAGAAAAUCUAAAGAGACUAAUCUUCAGGAUAAAAGUUCAAAGAAACGAAAGGUUGAUUCGGAUGAAAACAUUGAACAACCCCAUCACUCUAAAGAUGAGGAACCAUGUGACAGCAAAUUAUCUGAAGCAAAGGGUAACUCGUAUAAGCGCAAAAGGGCAUUGAAUGAAGAUGGUACACCCUCUGAAAGACAAAAAUUAUUAAAACAGAAAAAAGAUGAUACGUCAGAAGUCACAGAUAAGCAAUCGAGUAUAAUUAAACCAUCUAGCAUUACAAAAGAGGCCACAGUGAAGAGGUUUACCGAGCUGUUGGAGGAGCAAGAAUCUAAUAGAGACACAGAGAUGUCUGUAGAAUGUCAAAAUCCUACAAGCACUAGGACUGAGCAAGCAAAAGUAGUUGACGACUUCUUCAUUGAAGGGAAUGAUCAAUCUUAUCAAGAAAAUAAAGCCUCGACAUCGUACACAAGAUCUCAUGGGCAUAACACGCGAGCGAAAGCUUUCCGAUCAAACGAUCGAUUUAAAGAACAAAAUGUGAAACACAAAAACGAUACUAACUUCACGAAAAAACAAUCGGGUAAACAAUCUUUCUCCACGAAAUUCAAGAAAACAUCUAAGAUUAAUAAAAACGCAAACAAAAGUAACGCAAGUGAAAACGCGACUGUUGACAAAGACAAGAAUGCCAGUUUACAUCCUUCUUGGCUGGCUAAGAAAAAGCAGAGGGACAUCAUGAGUCAAGGAUUCCAGGGCAAGAAGACUGUGUUUUCGGAUGAUUAAGCGUAAUGGUUUACUGUACGUAACAAGGGAGCUUACAAAUAAUAACGGAUUUUUUGUAAAGUGCAUUCUAAACUUAUACAUUCGUCGUAUUUAUCUUAACAAAAAUGUUUACAUAUAUACACUUAUCUUUAAGUUUAAUAUACAUUUAUUUAGGGCUAGUUGUUCCAACUUCUUGGUAAACUUACCUAUCAAAUAAAUGUAUCUUUAUUUAUCUACUCUUAAAAUGGUGAUGUUAAUGAUUUUAUUGAGUUUUUUCUCUAUCCUGGUUCUCUCGCUGCACUUACUUCGUGUUUGCAAGAGUAACUAUCAUUGCAAUUAAAUUUUGAGUUGUCAAAUUUGUAUAGAUGGUUAGCUGCACAAUUAUCGUUUUAAAUAAAAAAUUAAAAAUUAAAUAGCUCGCAAAAUGCGUGUCUGUGGUAUCUGGUUUAAGAAAAAAAGAAGAUAGCACAUGCUUACCUGAUAGGCAAGUUUAAAAAGUUGGAACAACCAGCCCUUAAUGUAAAUAAUAUUCGUAAAAUGUAAUGUGUUAUGUCUUCUUUUCUAAAUAGUUUAUGUAAUUUUGUUCAAUAAAAUGCAAUUGAAUCACAUA